AUGACAUCAUCAGGAACAAUAUCCGAUGUCAAAAAAUUCAGCGUUCUCCUAGAUGAUGUUAAUUCAACACUAAUGGAAUACAUGAAAGCAUAUAACGAAAGUCAAAUAGCACAACUUAGGGUUUACAAAUAUCGCGGGGCUCUUGGUGAUACGGAUUUGGUAGAAGAGCUGUUAAAAGAAAGUCACAGACUGGAUCGUUUAUAUCAACUGAAAUGGAUUAAUGAACUAAUAUCUUCACGUGUUUUCCAGGCAAGAGAUGUGAUUGACGAAAAUACAAAGAAACGAUUUGCAGGAACUGAAAUUCUUCUUGAGACAAUUCCAAGGAAAUGGGAAGCCAGAGCAAGAUUAGAUACUGCUGAAGAUGCCUACCUGUCUAAAUCAUCGGAAAAUUGUUCAACAAAAGAAGGGGCUGUCAAUAAAGAGCUUUAUAAAACAGCUGCGACACUGGAAGAAAUGCUGUUUAAUUCGGAUAUUGGAAAUGCACUUGUCAACAAAAUAGCCGAGGUGGAGCAUCACCGUCUUCAUUAUCUACAAUGUAAGUCAGUCUCAUAUUCAUAA